CUAACAUGUGAACCAUGAGUAUAGUGCUUUGAAUGCUGCAUGCAGAUGUUAUUAGCAAUUUUCUUCUCCCCGUAUUCUUGUUUCAUUGAAGAUUGCUUCUAUGUUUUUCUAACUGAUUUUGGUAAGGAUUUCUGCCCUCCAAUAUAUCCACUAGGUGAGCAGAAGUGGCAACUAAUUAUGGGUGUUCCUUUAAUAUGCAUUCACUCUCUUCAAGUCAAGCCUUCUCCAUUCCCACCUUCCUUUGCAUCACAAACAGUGAUUGAAUGCCAGCCACUUAUGAUUCAUCUUCAGGAACAAUCUUGUUUAAGGAUAUCCUCUUUCUUAGCUGAUGGAAUAGUUGUAAAUCCUGGUGCCGUUUUACCUGAUUCUUCAGUUAAUUCCCUUGUAUUUACUCUCAAGGACUUGGACAUCAGUGUUCCUCUGGACACAACUACACUGGAUAAUCCUAGUAGCAAAAGGAACCUUAAUGUUGAAAAGUCCUUUGCUGGAGCUAGACUUCAUAUUGAAAAUUUUUUUUUCUCUGAGUCACCUUCACUAAAACUCAAGCUACUGAACCUGGAGAAAGAUCCUGCUUGCUUCUGUCCCUGGGAGAGUCAACCAAUUGAUGCUAGCCAGAAGAAAUGGACAGCUGGAGCAUCACAACUUAGUUUGUAUUUGCAAACAUCUGCUAGCUUGACUGGACUUCAGAGUUAUGCUGGCUGUACUCCAGGCUUGUGGAGGUGUGUUGAGGUUAAAGAUGCUUCUGUUGAGGUAGCUAUGGUAUCAGCUGAUGGGAAUCCAUUAAGAGUUGUUCCUCCUCCUGGUGGUGUUGUCAGAGUAGGGGUUGCUUGUCACCAAUAUUUAUCCAAUACUUCUGUUGAGCAGUUAUUUUUUGUCUUGGAUCUCUAUACAUACUUUGGUAAGGUUAGUGAAAAGAUUGCCAUAGUUGGAAAGAGUAAAAGACCUAAGAUGGAUAAAAAUGACUCUCUCCGUCAGAGUUUGAUGGAGAAGGUUCCUAGUGAUACUGCUGUAAGUUUAACAGUAAAUGAUCUCCAGCUUAGAUUUCUGGAAUCAUCCUCCUCCUUCAAUAUCCAUGAAAUGCCUCUGGUUCAGUUUAUUGGGAGAGAUCUGUUCAUUAAAGUUACUCAUAGAACUCUUGGUGGGGCUAUUGCUGUUUCAUCCACUUUGUUUUGGGAGUGGAUUGAGGUGGACUGUCUAGACAAUGGGGGAAACCUGGUAAAUGAGAAUCAAACAAUGUUAGAUUCAGUUGAAAAUGGUUCUCUUGUCACUUUGAAUGGAUAUCCUCCUCUUAGACCUGUGUUUUGGGUUGAUAACAAAAAGAAGCAUCAAUCAAAUGGAAAAGCUUUUGUGAUUCCUUUUCUUGACAUAAGCAUUGUACAUGUCAUUCCCUUCAAUGAACAGGACAAAGAGUGUCAUAGUUUAAUGGUGUCAGCUAGUAUUUCAGGUGUUCGCUUAGGUGGAGGAAUGAAUUAUACUGAGGCUUUGCUGCAUCGAUUUGGAAUACUUGGGCCUGAUGGUGGUCCUGGUGAGGGACUCUCCAAAGGGUUGGAAAAUCUAUCAGCUGGGCCACUGGCUAAACUUUUGAAGCCAUCUGCUCUCAUCAAUGAUUUAGCAAAGAGUGGAAAUUUGGAGGGUGAGAAAGAUAGUGGUUUCUUGCACCUAGGGAUGCCAGAUGAUGUUGAUGUGUCAAUAGAGUUAAAGGACUGGUUAUUUGCUCUUGAAGGUGUGCAAGAAACGGCUGACAGAUGGUGGUUUGACAAUCAAGAAGACUUAACUAGAGAGCAGAGAUGUUGGCACAUGACAUUCCAGACCUUGCGAGUAAAAGCAACAAGCAGUCCAAAGCAUAUAUUGAAGGGUAAAGGGAAAUCAGAUGAAGUGCAGAUAUAUCCUGUUGAAUUGGUCACAGUUGGUGUGGAAGGAUUGCAGACCCUGAAGCCUCAGGUCCAUAAAGGCCUUCUUAAAGCUGUCCAUUCUGAAAAUGGAUUCAAAGAAGGUUUUGAGACAUCUAGUGGAGUAAAUCUUGAAGUUCGUCUGUCAUUGCAAAUGAGAUGUUCGUUUUCCUAUCUUUUGCAUUUUUCACUGCGUAGCCCACUUCUUCAUGUCUACUUCUUACGCUUUUACUUUGCUUGGAACUCAAUAAUUUAUAAAUUGGUGAUUCCAGGAACUGAGGGCUUUGACAAGAUAUUCUCCCAGGAUAAUCUCAGUAGGGGCAGUAGUGCUGGCAGUAUUGGGCAAUCUCCUAGAUCAUAUAUUACAAAUGAAACUCCACGGUCAACUCUAGCAUCAACCGUAGCUUCACUCGAGGAGGCAGUUUUGGAUUCACAAGCCAAGUGUACCGCCCUCAUUACCAACUUAUCCAGUUCAGAAUCUCCUGAAGAGCAUCUUGCCAAUAUUAGAGAAUUGAGUCAGAAACUUGAAAGUAUGCAGAGUUUGUUGGUGCAAUUGCAGAGUCAAAUUUGAUGGGCCUUGUUUCCUGCCCUAUUCUUUGUGGUAAAAUCAUGGGAUUGAAGAAAGCAUCCCAACGGUGGCCGAGAAAGAAGAAAAA